CAGUGUCAGAUUAGACGUACCUGUACUACCUGUACCGAUCCAAACCGUAAAUUAUUAUUGUUUAUUUGGUGUUCAUGGGUUAAUUUUGCAAUAUAAUGACAAGACACGCAAGAAACUGUACUGCUGGAGCAGUUUAUACUUACCACGAGAAGAAAAAAGACGCAGCAGCAUCUGGUUAUGGCACCCAAAGUGAACGCGUAGGCAAGGACUCUGUUAAGAACUUCGACGACUGCAGCCUAACUUUGCAGCCUUGCAGGAACCCCGUAAUCACUAAAGAAGGCUAUCUUUUCGAUAAGGAAGCUAUCCUAGAGUACGUGAUUUCAAAAAAGACCGAAUACACGCGUAAACUUAAACGCUACGAAAAGCAAUUAAAAAAAGAAGAGAAUGAAAAAAAUGAGCUAGCAGCGGCCGAAAAAGAGGCAAACCUUAUCAAAUUUAUGAACAGAGAAAAGAAUAUAUCAAGCUCCACAUCUAAAAACUCAGAAAGUGGGCCGUCAUCAUCCACCUCUGUAUCAAAUCUCGCGAAUGGCAAAGAGAAGCAUUUACCUAGUUUCUGGGUACCAGCUAUGCUGCCAGAUGCCAAAAUUUCUAAAGUCGAGAAGCCAGAUCCAACAGUGUACUGCCCAAUCAGUGGGAAACCGUUGAAAAUGAAAGACUUGAUUGAAGUGAAGUGGACACUGGUACCAGACCCUGAUGAUAAGAAAUCUUUGAUUGCAAAAGAAAAUAGAUACAUGUGUCCAGUAACCCAUGACAUUCUGAGUAAUGCUAUUCCAUGCGCAGUUAUCAGAACAACCGGUCAUGUGGUGACAAUGGAGUGUGUUGAAAACCUGAUAAAGAAGGACUGGGUGCACCCGCUCACUGGAGACAAAUUGAAGGAAAAGGAUAUCAUUCCGUUGCAGAGGGGUGGCACUGGUUAUGCCCUCACCAACCAGAACUUGGAGGGCAAGAAUGAGAGGCCUGUGUUGCAGGCCUAGUCUUUAGGAAUUAAUAUUAUUGGUUGAUGUAAUUAAGACUCUUAAUUACAGCUUUGUAUGACUCUUAAUUUAAGAGUCAUACAAAGCUAGUUUGGCGGUGAUUUUGACGGACUUGCUGGUGCAAAUGUUAUUUGAAAUGUGUAUGAGAAUAUGUUGUUUAUUUAAGCCUUCCACAAAUGAGGGUAUCAAAAUCAUUGCAAAGUUAGCUUGGUCGGAAUAUAUAAUUCUUAAGUUUU